AUGCCAGGAGAUGGCGAAUCGUCGAGGUAUCAUCUUCGUGGACCUGUCAAGCCACCUUCACGUUAUACAGAUUCUGGUGAUGAAAGUCAUGAAAUUACGCGCUUGUCAACUUUAAAACCAAAAAGUAAACGUUUUUCGCCAUUAAAACGCGGUGGAAAAGUGCUAAAAACAGAAAGUGAUACUGACAGUAAUGUUUCAAAUGGUACCAACAGUCGAGUGCGUGCAAAGCCAACCGAAAGUCCCAAGAAGAUGAUGAAUAAUGGCGCACAAAAGGAUAUCUCACGAGAAAAUGCAAUACUCCGUACUGCACGUCCCCAACCUUCUGAAAUAUCGCCAACGAUGAGGGAAAAUUUGCGCCAUUUGAAAAAUGUUUUGAAGCUACCUAAGGCUCGUAGGUGGGUUUACUGCGAAUUUUUCUAUUCCGGUGUUGACGAACAACUUUUUUCUGGAGAUAAUGAAUUUGUACAGCUACUUCAUGAAAUGUUUCCGAAUUUGCGUAUUUUCAAACUUUGUCGACCAGAAUGGAGAGCUAUAAGGAGAAUGAUAGGAAAACCAAGAAGAUGUUCGGAAGCUUUUCUAAAUGAGGAACGCGAGUCGCUGGAAUCGAAAAGGGCUAGAAUCCGUCAGAUUUAUGAUGGAAGUUUGAUGAAUAUUCCGCCCGGAUGUGAGCUUCCAUUACGUCUACCUCCUCCAUUAAUAAUUGGAGCAAAAAUUUACGCACGCGUGCGAACUCCCAAAGACGGUAUCUAUGCUGGUACGAUUGAUGCCAUACUUCCGGCUUCAUAUAGAGUAGUCUUCGAUAAGGAGGAAAUGAUACCACCGAUGAUUAUCAAGGAUUCGGAGGUUAUGUCUGCUCAAACGAUUGAGCUACUCUCAAUUAAUUACUUUUUGGAACAGAAUCGUUCCGCUAUUCCACCCUCACUGAUCAGAUUCGGUCACGCCGGCGUCCUUCCAAAGUUUACUGAUACGCCAUCAUCCAGUCGUUCCCCUACAGGCUUAGAUCCUAUUCGAAAACCAACCAGAAUUCGAGAUGAAAAGGUUGGAAAUUUCCCCGUCCGAAUGCUCGUUAUUCUUGUAAAGUUGAGCAAACUAAUAGAAGUUAAGCGAAGUUUGGUUAAAUCACUAACUGAAUUAAAUAUGGAGGCUGAAAAAAUGAAUAUGAUAACAGAUUCCUAUCCAAUUGCCUUCCAGAGGAGGUAUGCUCAAGUAGUGAUUGACAUUGAGACAGUAAACAGGCAGCUGCAGUCGUAUCUGAACGCUGUCAAUGAAUAUUGCAAUCAGUUAUUGCCACAAUUAAGUGAAUUAUCAUUAACUUCACGACCAGAAGCUCUAAGAAAAAUGUGCCAAACUCAUUCAGUACAAAUUGUCAAACACUGUAACAACGGAUUGAAUGUGCAGAAUAAACAUGCACUGGACUUGGUUACCUCACUGACUGCACUGCUGUUACAGAUCCGAGCACUGGGACAACAGAGUUGUACACCACUCGAUUUGCAUACUCUCUCGGAAUCGCUUAACGAAAUUCGGAAACAAAUUGACCCGUCGAAUGUAGCUGCCUUCCAAGAUUUCGUGGAAGUACACAUGAAACAAAUUCACAACAUGAUGUUAAAUAUUGGAAAUGUUUGCUGA